AGCAGUAAUGCUAUGUUUUUCUAUGUGGCAUCAAGUUAAUAUAGUUUUUCCUGUUAAGCCAUGGCAGGGUGUGGCUCACGUCAUAAAGUCCGUCAAUGGCCUGUGUCAGACAUCAGUGGGCAUCAGCACAAGACUGUGUUUCCUGACAAAUGUCACACCAAUGAGAAAGAGUUUGUGUUCGUUGUUGGCGAUUCACAUCUCAGAUCUUUUGCUGAUGGAGUUGUAAACAUGCCAGAGGGUCGGCUGUCCUUUGGUUUUAUGGCCACACCUGGAGGAGAUGCAACAGCGUUGUGUUUGGAGAUCUCCCAUCUUGGUGAUACUCCACGUACUCCGGAUGCAGUGUGCCUGCUUGCUCCGGGGAACAACAUGACCUCAAGUCGCACUAUUGAGGAGGCUGCCAGGGCCUUUGGGACUCUCCUCAGUGUUGCAUUGCAACACUGGCCGAACAAGGUGUUUGUGGUGGAUUUCCCCAUACGACAUGUACAUGCAACACUGGAGUACCAGCUUCUGCUAAAGCAGGAAUAUCACCGAGUUGCAGCAAAGAUGGGGGCAUCUGUGGUGUCAGGAUUUGGUACACCUAAGUGAUGACGAAGGUAUGCCUCUCCUUGCGGACUUCAUUUGGAACACUUCAUACAGCAUCCUGCACAUCCCUGUCAAUCCUGUACCACUUAGAGUGCAUCCUACACUCAAACGAUGCUUUCACAAAAACAAGGAGCAUGGUACUUCAUCACAGCCACAGUGUGUUGAUCGAUCUCAAUGCUCAGCAACAUCCUAUCGGCCCUUUCCAGCUGUUAAAAUGAAGUAUGUUGACCAUGACCAAUGGACACAUCUGGUGCCUACUGUUCCAGAUGUGAGGAUGUAGGUUCGGGACCGGCGUCAUUGUAUACGUCAGCAUGCUGUCACAGGACUGUUUGUUGACAUACAGCAACAAAUUGUCAACGGGGGUAGGAUGGAACGCAUCUUUGACACAUAUGUUACCCUUCGGCCUACCGCCAGAAUGCCAAACCUGUCCAUGACCCAGCACCUCAGUCCAUGGCUGAGAAGAAAUCCCUGCACAUCAAAAAGCUAAGUGCUGCUGGUUCAGGGCAUGUGGGUCGUAGGCCUUUGGUAGUAGUUGACAGGGUCAAAGAAGUUUUAGGACAGGAAGAUGUUAAGGACAAGGUAGUAAGGAGGAGAAAGAUGGGAAACAUACACACCAGUGUUACACAGACAGAACAGAAGCAGGAGUUGCCUACUGAAAGAGCACUGAAACAGGAGUUGGGUAGUCAAAUAGUACAGAAACAGAAGUUUGGUAGGGAUGAAGGAAGUGUUGUUGGUCAGGGGCAAGGGGGUCACUUGCCUUCAGAAGUAGGCAAAGGGCUUCAGGAUACACAACACAUACAUGGGGUAUAUAGCUGGGUGAUGGUAUCUAAUUUCUGUGUUCCCUUCCAGCCCACUUUUGAAUGUCCCAAAAAGUUUAGUAUUGCAGAUUGCCAAUAGCUUGUAAGCCAAAUGGGGUGAAAUCAUUCGCAACUAAGACACCAAAUACACUGGACAACAAAGGGGGGAUGCCUUCUGUGCAUGACACAAGUGGGGGAGAUUCAGACCAUAACAAGACAGUGUGCUUACAGACAGUAGCUCAUGCUGAUAUUGAAAACAAAAAAAAAGGAAAUAAACAGCAGACCAGCUGCAGUACUUGCCAUAAAAAAGGGCAAGAACCACAUAAGAGGAGGUGAAGGCAACUCAAUAUUUCAGACGACAAUUAGCAUAGCAGAGCAGCAUGGUAUCCAACUUAGAAGUGGCAAUCCAAACAAGGCCAAAGGUAAUUGCUUGUAUGAAUCCAUUAUUGAUAACAUAAAUGCAAGAGAAUGUUUUCCAGAACUUUUUACAGAAAGGCCUAAGCACUAUAGAAACGUCUGGAAUACUGUAGAUGAACAGAAAAUUAAGGCAUCUCCAUACUAUCCAAACAUAUAUACAGAACAGAAGUGGAGAGAAGCGUGGCAAACUUUGCAAACAACUAACCAAUAUGAUCUUGACUAUUUUGGUGAUAUGGCUAUCCUUAGUUGUGCUCAUACUACUAAGAAAGAUAUCCUUGUUUUCAACACACCUUGGAAAACAACGAAUGCUCAACCUCAUAGUCCAAUAUAUGUAAUAUCUGCAGAUGCAAUAGAUCCAGCAAAUGCAAGAGAUACUCAUGUUCCAUUGGUGUUGGCAUACAAUGGCCAUCAUUUUGAAAGCCUCAUUCCUGUUUCUAAUGUUGAUGUUGACAAAACAAUUGUUUUGGUGGAUGCAUACAAGACUGGCACCUAUAAGACUCCUAGGUCUUUAGCACAAAUGUUUGAGCUCAUUGGAAAUGAUUUACACAACACAGAAAGCAAUUGUCCCACAACAAAUAAAACCAUAUGUACACAGGCCACAGAAAACCAGAAAAGAACAGAGCUUACAGCUACCACCAGUAAUGUCCAGAUUCAAAAUUAUGCUCCUAAAUCCCACAGUUUAGAUGAAGGCAAUAAUACCAGUGAUACCAUAGCAAUAACUUUGCCAGAUGUAUGCAACAGUUGUCAAAAGCCAUUUCAAAGGCUGCUGGUACAUUUGCGCAUGUCAAAACAAUGUCAAUUACAUUACAACAUGCAAUCUUCAUAUCAAGAAGUCAUUGUGAAACACGCAGACCAAAAACCUCUAUGGCAAGCUGCCAAACGUCAAAAACUGCAAAAACAUAAGCAAAGUGAGGUCAAUGUAGGCCAAACCAUGUUGACCAACAACCUCUACCAUGUCAGAAAGAGAAAGAAUCCACUCCAAUUGAAGCCAGUGCAAUACACAUGAAAGUUACAAGGAAAAGAUAGUUGCAGGGUAAUUCUGUAGAUGUCAUAGGAAAAAAUGUUUCACCAUGUAAUGUAAAUAAAAACACAGAAAGAGAUUGUCCCAGAACAAAUGACACAAUAUGUAAGCAGGCCAAAGAAAACCAGAAAAGAACAGAACUUGCAGCUACCACCAGUAAUCUCCAGUUUCAAAAUAUAGAUCCUAAAUCCCACAAUUUACAUGAAGCCAAUAAUACCAGUGAUACCGUAACAAUAACUUCCCUAGAUGUAUGCAAGGGCUGUCAAAAGCCAUUUCAAAGGCUGAUGGUACAUUGGAGCAGAUCAAAACAAUGUCAAUUACAUUACGACAUGAAAUCUAAGAGCAAUCCAACAAUGCCUAAUCCAAGUGUAGAUGAAGUUGUUUUGUCAAUGAAAUGGAAAACCCAUGUCUCACAUUCUCUCCUUUCACUGUGCAGCAAAAAAAACACUUUGUUCAAAAAUUAACAUCAUCCACAACUCACCUGAAUAUGUUGAUACACAAGAACCAGUUCCAAUGAAUGUCCCAAUGAAUGAUCCUUGUGAGACAAAGGCUAUUGUAGGUGAUGGUAACUGCUUUCUCAGAGCUUUGUCACUUUCUAUUAGUGGAAGUGAAGGUCAUCACAGAAAAAUCCGGCUAGCUGUGGUUAAACAUAUGGAAACAAACGCAUCACAGUAUGCUCCUAUUCUCAGAGAUGGAUAUUUUUUUUUCUGUUGAAAACUAUUUGAAAGCAUCACGCAUGAAAUAUGUUCAAACUUGGGCAACUGAGGUGGAAAUACAAGCAGCUGCAGGUCUCUUUGGAGUUGAUGUUUUCACAUAGUCGCAACAAGUGGUUCAAGUAUUCCACAGCAAAUGGAAAGACAAUUCACACAGCUAUAUACCUAAAACACUGCAACGCAUCUCAUUACGAAGUAGUUACAUGCGUGAAGCAACACAAUUCUGACCAAUGCACCAAAUUCUGCAACAAAUCCAAUGAAUGGCCACAGUCACAUCAGAUAAGGAGUUCUUCAAGUCGAUGUGAGCUUGACAGAAAAAAACAAGCAAUAUGAAAUAAACAAACAUUUCCGAGAUGCAAAAAAUUAAAGAGGAAUUAAAAGAUACAAUGAAGAUGAAAACUACAAGAAAACCGUCAAAGAAGGCAGCAUAAACAAAUACGGCACUGAUGCCCAACACCGUGCAAGUACAAAACAAUACAGCAUAGACAAAUAUGCCACUGAUGAACAACACCGUGCAAGUACAAAACAAUACAGCCUAGACAGAUAUGCCACUCGUGACCAACACCGCGCAAGUACAAAACAAUACAGCAUAGACAAAUAUGCCACUGACGAACAACACCGUGCAAGUACAAAACAAUACAGCACAGACAAAUA